GCAUCCGGUUCGUGCGUCGACUGAGAUACAAAAAGGAGAAAGCUAAGAUUUUCACCAGGAGCCUAAACACCUAUACAUUAGAUUAGGUUUUUAAUUAUUGUUUUUUACGUGUAACGUUAUUUUAGUUUAUAUCGAUAUCUUAGUUUGUAUCGACAUCUUAAUAAUAAGUUUGAGCCUCUAAGGUUGUAUAUAGCAACAAUCGCAAAGCAGUUUUGGAUGGUUUGGAUUUUAUUUGUCGGGAUUAAAUACAGUUUUAUUGUGAUAUUUUGCCCAGUUUUCAGCUGAUAGCAUGUGCUAAAGAUCGUCUACGCUUAAGUGUAAUAUUUUAGCUGUUGCGGCAAUUGUGUGUGUUGGGUUGGUGAUGGCCACAUCGGCCUUAUAUGCCUGUACGAAGUGCAAUCAACGGUUCCCGUUCGAGGAGUUGUCACAGGGCCAGCAGCUCUGCAAGGAAUGUCGAAUCGCGCACCCUAUCGUGAAAUGCACCUUCUGUAGGUCUGAGUUUCAGCAGGAGAGCAAAACCAACACUAUUUGUAAAAAAUGUGCGCAGAAUGUAAAACAAUUUGGAACUCCGAAGCCAUGUCAGUACUGUAACAUCAUUGCCGCAUUCAUUGGGACCAAAUGUCAGCGCUGCACCAACUCUGAGAAGAAGUAUGGCCCUCCACAGACCUGCGAACAGUGCAAGCAGCAGUGUGCCUUCGAUAGGAAGGACGAAGGAAGGAGAAAGGUGGACGGGAAGCUCUUGUGUUGGCUCUGCACAUUGUCAUAUCGUCGCGUUCUACAAAAAACAAAAGAGCAGAGGAAGGGCCUUGGCUCCUCCCACUCCAACUCUUCUCUCAGUGAGAAGGAACAUCAUAGACACACUCAUCAUCAUCAUCAACACCACAGACACGGAAGUUCGCAUCACAAAAUAAGUGGUACUUUAAGUCCAGAACAGGAUCAGGGAUUGUGGAAGCAGAGCAUUCAGAAAGAAACACCAAAGAAAAAACCUAAACUAGAGACGAAGCCAUCCAACGGAGACAGGUUUUUGUUCGUAUUCCAUUCCAGUAGUUCAAUCACUCAGUCAAUGGAUUCUGGAGGCACGGAUAAUUUCAUCUUGAUUAGCCAGCUAAAAGAGGAAGUGAUGUCAUUGAAACGCUUACUCCAGCAAAGAGACCAGACCAUCCUGGAGAGAGACCGAAAGCUGACUGAACUGAAGGCAGAUUUUCAAUAUCAGGAGUCAAAUAUGCGAGUAAAGAUGAACAAUAUGGAGAAGGCACACAAAGAUUCCAUGGAACAACAACAGGGAAAGAACAGAGAGCUGAUGAAACAGGUUGCUGCGCUUUCGAAAGGCAAGAAGUUUGACCGCAGCAGCGGUUCACUUCUCUUGCCAUAGCAAUGACCACGCACCAUAAUAACGGCUCCAGCUUCACCCUCACCCACAGGUUCUCUACGUGUUAUUCUAAUGAUGUCACAUAUGCAAAAUCACUUUUUUUCUUUGGCUGAUUUUAGCAGUCACAUACUUUUACAAAAAUGAAAUGACUCGUACAUAGCCAUUUCAAAAGCUCUGGCUGAACCCAGCCUCGGAUCUCGUAUGCAAAAUGUUUCAGAACUUCUGAAAGCUACGCGAAAGGAUGUGGAAGAGCUCUUGACAAAUCUUUGGAAAUACUAUGAAUUGAACAUAAGACAAACUGAGCUUUUUUAUACGCCAUUCUUCUGUCUUUCUCUCACAUUUUCUCGCUCGCUCAUGGAAAGACUGUAUAACUGCAUGUAUUACUGCCUGGUCAACGGUGUGGUUUUGUAUAUUAACUGAUGACCCCCCUUUGUUUGGCUUCCUAUAAGUGAUAUUACAGAGAUGAAUUUUGCAGACCCAAAUGAGAUGAGACUUUCUUAUCUGUCUCCCCACCCAUCUUUUUACUGUCAGACACUUUUGUACUUUUUCUUUCUGUGACGCAGACGUUUCAGGAGUAUUAAAGAUAGUAAAAUCC